CUGGCCUACGAGGAAUCGGAGUCCACACCGUUCCAGAAGGGAUUUGCCGCUGGCAAGCGAAACGCCUGGGAUGAGCCCGCGGACAAGGCGUUCAGGUACCAGGGCCACCCCCAGGGAGCCCGGUGGCUGGCAAGCCGGUUGAUCGAGCAGGGCGUUGACAUGGCUUAUGCCUACAAGCCGCUGUACGACCCCGGAUUGCCCCACUCGAUCCUCAACACCCUGCUGUUCCUGGACUACGACCGCAAGGGUUUCGAGGUUCCGGUGGUGCCCUUCGCCGUCAACUGCUACGGCAGCAAGGUCAUCAGCAACCGCGGCGGCAUCCUCCCUCACAAGGAGAAUGGCAAGCUCCUUGAGCCGGACCCGCCUGGUCCAUCGAUCAAGCGCUGCAUGCAGGUGGGUGCGGCGACCGCUCGUGCGCUUCAGGAGAGUCCUUGGCGCGUGGCGCUGGUGGCGUCGUCAAGCUGGUCCCACGCUUUCCUGACCGAGAAGAAUCACUUCCUGUGGCCCGACAUUGAGUCCGACCGCGCCAUGUUCGAAGCCCUCCAGGCCGGCGAUUACGACGCUUGGGGUAAGGUCUCCACUCCCCAGAUCGAAGCAGCGGGCCAGCAGGAGCUCUUGAACUGGGCCUGCCUGCUGGGCGCCAUGGCCGAGCUGGACCGGAAACCCGAGGUCCUCGACUACGUUGAGACCUACGUGUUCAACUCCAACAAGUGCAUGGCCGUUUUCCGGCCUUAG